GAGGGUCGUUCCAGCUCCCCAAGCUUGUCCCCGCCGCCGCUGCUGCUGCUGAGUCGUGACGCACAACACCGUGGAACCUCAGUCCAACGCCAUUCACUGUAGAGUAAAGACUUGCGCGUUGCACUCCCGUGCUAUUUCAUUCCUGAUCACUAUCAUUAGUCGCAAAAUAAAUUCAAUCGAUAUUCUUAUCGGUCAACGAUCGCAAGAAUAAAAAAUAAAUUAUUUGUUCAUUAUUUUGACUUUAUUAGAUAAAAUAAUUACCAUCCAAGUGAAGUGAAUUAGAGUGGAAAGUCAAAAUUAUUUAGUGUACAUAGUGACUAUAAUCAUUUAAAAAGUGUAUUCGUUAAUUAUGAAUCACCGUUAUAUUCCAAGCUUUAUAACUUAUUUAUCUUAAAUCUUAUCAAAAAUUAAUUAAACUCAGUCAAUGAUGAACGGAGCAACGUACGCGUCUUCCUGUCCGACUCUCCAGUCGAAUCUCUCCUUACACAGCUCAUCCUAUUAUAGUGAGUAUGGAAACCCGAACCGAAGAAGACGACUGUCAUCAACAGGUGAAGCUGACACGUCAGCUACGUCCAGCUACGAAGGAAGCGAAGGUAGUUCUGAGAACAGUGAUGAAAAUCGCCUAGAGCCAGUCACUCAACUUGAAAGAGAGCAGCUCGAGACUUUCUUCCGUGGCCUAAAGUCUCAGGUUUUCGUCUGUGAAUCUCUUGCUAAUUUAUACCUGGGCAGUGCAACUCAAGGUGAAAGAUGGGACUUGAGAUUUACUGGGAUUCCAGUGGUAGUUUUAGAUCUAGGUGAGACAAGAUCUCGUUCUAAACGACAAAUUCAAAUUCUUCUUGCUGAGAGAGGAACCUGUUUCACUUUGUGGCGAGAAACAAUUGAUAAUCUUUCUUCUUACAAGGUAUCAGGUCCUGCUUUCCAUACCAUGUGUCUAUCAUCAGAUCAUUCUCGCUUAGCUGGACUCAGUUUUGACAACUCAAAAGCUGCGAAUGAUCUCUGGCAACAUAUCGAACAACUAGUGUCAUGCCCAGAAAAUAUUAGUCUCUCAGUACCUGGAAAAAAGAAAAAGAAGAAACAACCACCGCCGAAAAAAUUUGUUUUGCCAUCAAAAAGUAAUAUCAGUCAGCCAUGUCAAUUUCAACAUAUCACUAGUGUUGAUGUCACUGAUAGAUCUCGAUAUUUUUCUCUCCAGACCUUGGUUCCUCCACUAAAUGAACUAGAAAAUUCACUUGAACCAAGUGUUUAGAAUAAUUAUCAUCUCUAUAUUCAUUGUAUCUUUUGCUUAAUCGUUAUAAUGGUGUUAUUAUCAUCGUUUCUCUUACAGUUAUUAUCGUAGUUUAUUUAGACUUGCAUCCAACAAAUUACAGUAGAUUUAAAUGAAAUAAAAAAUUACAAAUGAGAAUUGAAAUAUUAUACAACAAUUAUAAACGUCAUAUUAAUUCUAAUGUGGUGCGAUGUGUCAAUGUAAUAGAUUUAAAAUUUAUUACUUAAUAAGAAAAUUAAUAUAUCUAAGUCUUCUUUUAAUGCAUCCACAUUGAAAUAAUAUUUGAGAUAGUACAGUACAGUAUCCUACAGACUGAUGUCUUUUAUCGAUGGACAAUGUUUUAUUAGAAAAACUUUUUCAAUUUAAAUAUUCAAAUUCUUACAAGUUAAUACAUUUUAAACACCAUUUAAUAACUUUUAUAAAAAUUCAUUUUUUAAAUGAAAAA